AUGGUAGACACAUUCAAAACUUCCUCAAAGAACGUGAGCUGUGUUUCGACAUACGUUGGCUGGCUUGCAAUUCGAGAGUUGUGGGCAAGGGACGGCUACUCCCUCAUCUACGUGGACCGACAUUUCUGCGAUAACGGCUACCACUCGAACUUUUUCCUCGUGACGUUUCGCCUUGAGAGCACCGAUGCCGGGACCGAGAGUGGUCGGCCAGUGCACUGUCGUCCACUCCGGCAUCAAGUCGGCUGGACCAUGGAGCAAGUCGACCAGGACUGGCUUUUCGACGAGCAUGGCCAGGGACGCCCAUAUGUCGUGGUAACGGGCAAUAGCAUUAACGGGUCCUACAACGAUUACAUGCGUGUCGCGCAUGCCAGCGAGCGGCACCAGGUCAGCGACUGCGCCGAGAAUGAGGCACACGUCGAGAGCUUCCUCGCCCAUGACCCAGACCGCCUAGCGCUCGCCUUCUUUGGCCACCAUAGGCACUACACAUUUGACAGCAGCGGCAAGGAGGAUUGCAAGGGGCCCGCCAGCGUGGAAGCGGACAACAAGACUGUCGCCGGGUACAUGGAUCGCGCGUUCCCGGGACUGGUCGAUUCCUGGUCUGCAUCCCACGAGGAGGCAGCCGACGUGGGGACGGCGGGUGCAUCUCUGCACAUGUUUGCCUGGCAGCAUUGUUUUGCCGAAACAAAGGGUCGCAUCGCUAGGCUGGUGUACGACGCCAAGGACACGCUGCCUAUCUCUGCGCCGCUGAGUCGACUUGGAGCCAUGUCAGCAUAG